AUGAUACAGGACUACCAACAGCAUGAAGGAAGAUAUUUUGCGCAGGCAAAUCCGUACGGUGGUGGUGACGGCUAUGGCUCCGCCAACCCAUAUGGCAGAAGUUACGAUCAGCUGCAGCAACAGCUUAAUCCUCUAGCGCCCCUCCAAAGCCAUAGCGAAUCGAAUUACUCGCAGCCAGCGCAAUACUCGCAAGCUGGUGCCUUAAGCCCCUCCAACACGAAUGCGCCAACUGUCCCUGAUACAUACGUGCCCAUGAGCAACUUGCCUACGCACGGCAACACUAUAGAGGCGCCUCGAGCCCAGCCUCUAAGCCGAGAUGACUUCUUUGCGCGCAUUAGAGGCGCACAGGUGCGAAUCGGCCAGCUAACCUCGGAUAUCCAAGCUAUUGCCAGCAUCCACCAGCGCAUGCUUUCCUCGCCUGACAACCACUCUAGUGCUGAACUAGAGGAAAUUGUAACCAACACGCAGAUCAGAAACACACAAAUCAAAGACGAGAUCAAUUCUCUAGAGAUGGAUGCUGUGCGCGAUCCUGAUAGUAAAAUAAAAAGGUCUCAAGUUGAGGCGCUCAAGAGGACGUUCAAGAGCCAGCUCGAGGAUUUCCAGAAGGAGGAGGCCGAUUAUUCUAAGAGAUACCGCGAAGCUAUUGGAAGGCAAUACCGCAUUAUUAACCUAGACGCCACAGAUGCCGAGGCGGCCAGUAUUCUCGCCGCGGUACAUGCGCGCCAUAACGACAUUCAGCGCAUCGAAAAGACCAUGAGCGAGCUUGCUUUGCUGUUUACCCAGCUCAACGAGCAAGUCACCUACCAGGAUCCGUUAAUCAUAGAAGCAGAAGUCCAGACUGUGCAAGUCGAGGACAAUAGCAACGAAGCAAACCAACAGCUAGGCAAGGCCAUCAAGUCGGCAAAGCGGGCUAGAAGACGUAAAUGGUGCAUCUUAUUAACUAUUAUCACAAUUCUAUACGUGAUUGCUCUGAUACUCGGAUUGUACUUUAAGCUGAAACCUAAAUAG